CCCACCCUUCCAGGGUAGAACGCCUGUAGAGUAACGAGGUGUACCCCAGCGUUUUCGCUGCUCGCACUCUGGGAUCCCUACAGUCCCUUCCUGUGCCUUCUAUUGAAGAGCAGGAAUUGACAGUUCGUUAAACCAAUCUCAGAAACUUUCCUGGAGACCUGUCCGAUCAGAAAAUAGGGCAGUUCUUGGCAUUUGAAAGGCAGCUAUCCAAUGAGGUGGAGCUUGAGAGGGUUAGAGUCGAGUGAUGGAUAACGCCGACAACCAGUAAGGAUUGCCAUUUCUCCUAAAAAAUCUUCAUAAGUCUGUCUCCGCCUGAAUCUGUACAUAGUAGCAUAAUAAUCCAUUCUAUUUUUUUUAAAAUCAAAUCAUUUGGUUUUUGAAACUGAAGGUCUCGAAAGCGAACACUGGCAUUCCCUAAAGUCUCACUUUAGACCACUCGCAGCCUGAGGAACAAAGUCCGCUUUUAUCAAGGAGGCGUCAACCCUGGGCAAUCCAAGCCGCGGCCCAAUUGACCUCCAUGGCUCCCGUGAUAGACGUCCUCUCAGCCCAAUGGCUUCCUCGACUGGAGGCGGAUCCAUAUAGCAUCCACUCCUCGCCCCUGCCCAAGCCCUGCCCCACCCCCUUCCUCCCUGUUGAGAUGGGCUCAGCCAAGAGCGUACCAGUGACUCCUGCACGGCCUCCGCUGCACAACAAGCAUCUGGCUCGAGUGGCGGACCCGCGUUCACCUAGUGCCGGCAUCCUGCGCACUCCCAUCCAGGUGGAGAGCUCUCCACAGCCAAACCUACCAUCAGGGGAGCAGCCAGAGGGUCCUAAUCAGGCCCAGGACUCAGAUCCCCGCUCUCCUACACUCGGCAUUUCAAGGACACCUAUGAAGACCAGCAGUGGAGAGCCUCCAAGCCCACUGGUGAAACAGCUGAGUGAAGUAUUUGAGACUGAAGUCCCCAGAGCAAAUCUUCCCCCAGAGCCUAUUCUGCCCCCAGAGACACCUUCAUCUUCUGAAUUGGACUUGCCUCUGGGCACCCAGUUUUCCCUUGAGGACCAUACGCCACCUGGGAGCCAGGCUGAGCUUCCCUCCAAGCAGAUGUUUUCGGAGGAAGAACAGCCCUCAGAAACCCUUAUGGCCAGCCAGGGCUCAGACAAGUCCAUGAGAGACCCUGAGACACCCAGAUCUUCAGGUUCUAAGUGCAGUAGACGGAAACCAAAGGGCAAGGUGCUAGGGAGAUCCCCCCUCACCAUCCUGCAGGAUGACAACUCCCCUGGGACUCUAACGCCACGGCAGGGUAAGCGGCCUUCUCCCCUGAGUGAAAAUAUUAGGGAACUAAAGGAAGGGGCCAUUCUGGGACCUGGACGCCUUCUGAGAACUGGAGGACAAGCAUGGGAGCAAGGCCAGGAUCAUGAUAAGGAAAAUCAGCACUUUGCUGUGGUAGAGAACUAGGCCAUGUGUGGCCCAGCCCUGGACUCACCAGGGAUCUAGUAAUAUUCUGAGUCCUCUCCCCGCUUCUUUCCCUGGGACACUGGAAAGGUUCAGUUUUUUGACACCCCCUAAACUACCAACUCUGGAACUGAGAACUUUCUUGGACUUUCUUUGUGUGUUAUGUGUUUCUUGUAUAUUAAAGGAAGUGAUUUUAAA